AUGGAAGCCCCCUGGGGCUGGCUGGUGAUCGGUGUGCUGGCCAUAUCCCUGGCCUCUUCGGUGACCCAGGACAUUUGCCGAGCACAGGAUGGGAGGGACGGGGCCGCAGGAAUACCCGGCCGACCCGGACGGCCAGGCCUCAAGGGGGAGCGAGGGGAGCAGGGGGCCGCUGGUAUCCAGACCGGCGUCCGUGGCCUUAAAGGAGACCGGGGAGAGCCUGGGCCCCCUGGAAAACCUGGCAGAAUGGGCUACCCAGGGCCCAGCGGCCCCCUGGGGCCCCCUGGCCUCCCAGGGUUGAAGGGCAUCAAAGGCAACCCAGGAAACAUCCAGAACCAGCCGCAGCCGGCCUUCUCGGCCGUGAGACGGAACCCUCCGAUGGGCGGCAACGUGGUCAUCUUUGACACGGUCAUCACCAACCAGGAGAGCCCAUACCAGAGCCACUCGGGCCGGUUCAUCUGCGCUGUGCCGGGCCACUACUACUUUACCUUCCAGGUGGUGUCCAAGUGGGACAUCUGCCUGUCUAUCGUGUCCUUUGGGAGGGGCCAAGUCCAGCGUUCCUUGGGCUUCUGUGACACCAACAGCAAAGGACUCUUCCAGGUGGUGUCUGGGGGUACGGUGUUCCAGCUCCAGCGGGGAGACCAGGUCUGGAUCGAAAAAGACCCCAAUAAGGGCCGCAUUUACCAGGGUUCAGAGGCUGACAGCGUAUUUAGCGGCUUCCUCAUCUUCCCAUCCACCUGA